AAGUUCAAUGGAAGUCACUUCCUAAAAAUACUGUUUUAGGAAAUAAUGCUUCAAAGAUAAAGAUAGUGAUAAAGACAUUUCAUAUAGCCUAUGCCACUUUUGCUUUUUUUUUUUUUUUUUUUCUUCAGGUACUUUUGCAAUUUGUGGAAACACAUUAUCAUGUUGUUUUGAGAACAUUUAAGAUGACACACAAAACUCUUUGCUAUAGUGAAAGUGAUUUUUUUUUUUUUUUUUUACUAUAAAUCAUGUGUUUUUCUCUCCUGCAGUUAACAAUUUAAAAUAAUUACCAGGUCUGUUUUGAUAUCGAUCUUAGACUGUUUUUUUUUUUUUUUUAUGUAGGUGUUAUAAUUCAGAGAUUUUUUUCAACCAAUCCAAUGUUAUUUAAUGGUACAAAGUGUUUGAUAACUACAUAGAAAGGCAAUUAUGGUAAUCGUUUCUGGGCGGUCAUCAAUCAUGUGCGAUCGAGCUGUCUGUGCACUGAGUCAGAUGUGUGAUUGGCUGCUGGCGGGCAGGGAAACUGAACACGUCCUCAUUAAUGUGAGCGAGACCCCGCGGGCUCCUCACGAGGACACAAGCGCAUCGUUUGACUCUGAAGUUAUGAGCGGCUAUAAAGUGUUCCGCUGUGUGAACAACAACUUUCUCCGUGAUUCGCGACAAUUCGCGUUUGUUAUCUGGACCUUUAAAUCUGAUCCUGUGACGUCAGCGUCACCGGUGUUUAAAACAACGUGCAACUGAGCCAACGUUUGUUAUGAUUUUUUUCAACUUCAACUAUACCGCUGCACCACACUGAAUCUGUGUCAUACUGCACUUUUUGCUAUUUGUAUUGUUGUUGUUUGUAUGAAAGACAAACAGAAACCAGGAAGGGACGUUUACCUUCAGUUAAUGGAAGAUUUUCUUGAUGAACGGAUGACCCGCAGCUGGACUGCAGCUUUCUCUUUGCUGGACUCUCAUCAUGUCAUUUACACAGUUUGGUUAUUCAUAUCCUGCAGCACCACAGCUUUUAAUGUCUUCUAACGCUCUGAGCACCUGCUAUGAGUCUAAUGGUUCUCUGCUGGACACUGGAGUGGCACCUUCUCCUCAAAACUCGCUUUAUUGCCCGGUAUAUGAAAGUAGGCUUGUGGCCUCCAGCCGGCAUGACCUGAUCCCUGCUGCUGUCUAUGGCAAUUCCUGUUCAAAGAGUCACAAUUAUGAUACCUACAGCACUUAUGGUCCAGAUUCAGCCUCAUGCUAUCCUCUGGGUAAACUCAGUGAGAAAGAUGGAGUGGAAACAGGACAUUCAAGAGUUACCCAAAGCUCUGCAUAUUACCAUUACGACUACCCAAUUGGACAGUACCACUAUGACAGAUAUGGAUAUGGAUCUGUAGAUGUGGGCACAAGAAGAAAAAAUGCUACCAGAGAGACCACCAGCACACUGAAAGCAUGGCUGCAGGAACAUAAAAAGAACCCGUAUCCCACCAAGGGCGAGAAGAUCAUGCUGGCCAUCAUCACUAAGAUGACCCUUACGCAGGUGUCCACCUGGUUUGCCAACGCACGCCGAAGACUCAAGAAGGAAAAUAAGAUGACGUGGUCACCGCGCAACAAGACCUCAGAUGACAAAGAGUGUGACGACCAAGAAGAUAUGGACGAAUCCCAGGGAGAGCUAAUAAAAACCGAAAGAGAAUUUAAUGACAACCAAGGAAAGGAUGAUACAGAUCAACUUCACAGUGAUCUGGACGAUUUCGAUCUAGUGGAAUCAGAUGGCUCUGAGUGUGAAUCGAAACCAUCCUUUGUUAUGCAUGUUCGCUCCGAGACCAGUGAAUUUCCAGAUAACCGCUUUAAAGAAUCCAUUACCGAGCUCCCCAGUGGUGUCCAUGAAUUUAGUGAAGACCAACUGCUAAGACCAACUGCUGAAGACAACCAAACGGCAAAGUUCUACCUUCAACAAGGCCAAAAGACCAUUGAGACCAAGCCAAAAAUCUGGUCUCUUGCACAGACUGCUACGUCAUUAAACCAAGCCGAUUACUCAUCAUGCAUGCAUAAAGGAACGUCGUGCUCUUCUUCAAACUGUGACUCAGACAUAAAAAGGAAACAAGAGUCUCCAGUGGCCACUCUGAGAAACUGGGUUGACGGUGUGUUUCAUGAUCCUUUAUUCAGGCACACCAACUUCAACCAAACUUUCAGCAACUCCACAGAGUUAUGGACUGAAGCCAUUUCCUCACAGAAUACCUACCAUGAACACUCAGAACCUAUUACGUCCUCUCAGCAGCUGUGACGCUUUUUUUAUUUUUAUUUAUUUUUUUUUAUACUUUUUUAAUUUUUUUUUGUCGCACCAUCACAAAAUCAACACGCUAUGCUUUGAAUCUAAUUGUGCUAAUGCCUUAUUUAUUAGUUUCAUUCUGUGAGCUGUUGUCAUAUAAGACCUCCUGAAAGUCUGAUGAACUUUAUAUAUUAGGACUUACCAACACAGCAAUGUAGAUUUAGGAAGAUUGGCACCUUUUCACUUAAAAAAAAUCUGAUUCUGUCUUUGUAAAAGAAAAUGAUCACUGCUGUAUAAUAGCACAGUACACAAUUUCCCCCAAUCUGAAGUCUCAGUUGUUUUUAAAUGACAUUGCUCAGAAAUAAAGAGUCUUUUUGUGAAGAAGGAAAAAAAAAGAGAGAGGAGAAAAAAAGUUUGCUGUCCAUGGUGCUGAAAUGCUCCCAAGUGCAUGUUGGUCACUAAAGUUGUUUUAUUCAGUUGCA